UCACCUCUUUUUUAAAAGGGGAAAUGCUAAUUAUAUUACAUUCAUAGAAUUAUUGAUGUAAGGAUGGCCAAAAAUUGCAGAGCAAAUCUGGAUCCAAUAAGGUACUUUGUGAGUCCAUUUGUGUAUGCGGAUGUGUGUGUGUGUGUCUGUGUGCAUGCAUGUGAGAAACAGAGAGAGAGAGAAAAUAUGUUUUCCUUUUCCAAAGAAGUCCUUUGAAAAGUGGUGUAAGGUUUUUGUGAAAGAGAACAAACUUGACAGGCUUAGCGGAGAAAAACAGUGCACAGAGUGAAGCGGUCCCUUGUCACCAGCUGAGGUUGCGUUUAUUACUGAGCAAACCGCAGAAGUAACUGUUAAAAUUGCAGAUCCAACUACAGAAUGACCCUAUUCACACUUAACAUUAACAGCUACAAAAUACACUGUUACAACCUGCAUUUGAUCCGGACACAAUGCACCUGCACACAUCUCUAAAGUGCACCAGUUAAACAGUGACAUUUCAUAUAAAACGUUGUAUAACAUCUUCAUCGUCUUUAAAAUAGGCCUUUAUAGAUACCCACACAUACAAAAUACUGGCCUGACCCCCUGUGAUGCAGAGUGUCCAGGGGUUUUUUUUGUUUUGUUUUGUUUUUUGAGAGAGAGAGAGAGAGAGAGAGAGAGAGAAAUGUGUUUUGAAAGAGAGUGGCAAGUGGCAUCCACUGUGUGUUCUUUUAGACAGAUCAAUAGCUCAGUGUGUGAGAGAGUGUCUUAAGAGCUGUUGUCUUGUGCUUUCAGCUGUGGCAGACCUGUUAGUGCUACAGAGGGGAGCUGCACGCCCCUGCCUCUGUACCAGCAGUGGCCUGAGGGGGGCUUUUAGUCCAAACACAAAUGUCAACCACACAUAGACUAUUAGUGUUUAGUGCAGUUAUUAAAUGGACUUUAUUUGUCCUUUAGGAGGGUAAAAGGCGCACUUAAAGGGGACCUGCGUGACAGCAGGGCAAUUUGCGAGUUUGGUAAGUUAGGCUCGCUCGUUGCAGACACAUGAGUACAGAUAAGUGUAAAAGGAGGAAAGGCUGUAAUGCUCUGAGUAGGGAACACUGUGUGUGUAUGUGUGUGUGUGUGCGUUUGUGGUUUGUGUGUGCACAUGUGUGUGCGUGAGUUUGUGUCUGUGUGUUUCCCUGUGUGUGUGUGUAUGUAUGAAAACACAGAGAGUGAGUGUAUGCUAAAAGGCACUUAGGCCAUAACAUAUCUCACUGGGGUCUGGUAGCAACGUUUUUGUGGUCAGAGGCUUUUUAAAAGGUUAAUGUUAAUCUAUACCAAACAAAGCCCAUGAGGAGCUUUUACAGCUGUGGACAGUUGAGUGAAAUGGGCUUUGAUGAAAUGGUAGGUAACCAACGUACUACAUGGCACACUCACAGUAAACAAAAUAAACAUUGUGUCUUGUAUCCUCAGAAAUACACAAGACAUGCCCCUUACUCUGAAGCCUGCUGCAAGCAGUCAUGUAACUUUUGUAUUACAGCAUGUUCUAAGUGGAACAAGUACGUCAGGGCUUUGUAGUCCAAUGUGACCUGUGUGCCUAUCUACAUGGAAGAAUGUUUUCUUUAAUGCAUAUGAAGCAGGUAGGCAGUGUGCUGUGGCCGUGCGCGAGGCCAGGCUUAGACGCCUCGAGAAGCAGCCGGCUUAUCAAAAAGAGAACAUGAAAAGUCACUCGUGUUCCUGGGCCGUAAAUCACGCAUGGCUGUUUGUCUCCUUAUCACUACAGGUGUGCCGAUGCUCUCCGUCCAGCCCAAAGGGAAACAGAAGGGGUGUGCUGGCUGCAAUCGCAAGAUUAAAGACCGCUACCUGCUCAAGGCCCUGGACAAAUACUGGCAUGAGGACUGUCUCAAAUGUGCCUGCUGUGACUGCCGCCUGGGGGAGGUGGGCUCCACCCUCUAUACGAAAGCCAACCUCAUCCUCUGUCGCAGGGACUACCUGAGGCUCUUUGGUACAACGGGGAACUGUGCAGCCUGCAGUAAACUGAUCCCAGCCUUUGAAAUGGUGAUGAGAGCCAGAGAUAAUGUUUACCAUUUGGACUGUUUUGCCUGUCAGCUUUGUAACCAGAGGUUUUGCGUGGGAGACAAGUUUUUCCUAAAAAACAACAUGAUUUUGUGUCAAAUGGACUAUGAGGAGGGCCAGCUGAAUGGGAGCUUUGAGACACAGGUUCAAUAGUUGGAACCUCGUGGCAGCAACAUUCGGCUCCACACUUUACACACAAGAUGGAUGUUCUGCUGCACUUGGAAAAAGACAAGCAUCUGUCUGCUUGCCUGCAAUACUUUUUAAGACCCCUUUAUCAGUCCCUAAGGACUCUUGUAAAUGUUCAACUUUUUGCCCCUCCCACACCCCAACACUGAGCAGUUACAAAUUUUGAUGUACAGUUGUGCCUGCUUAGCUGAGCACUGUAUUGCUUGUAUGUUUUGUGAAAUUUGUUUCAGGUUUGUUUUCUUUUCCUUUUAGAAAUGGUUCAUUGGAGGGUAUGUACAGUCUGUUUUCUCUGUAUAUAUAAACUGGAACAUUUAUUUUAUGAAAUGUAAUGCAAUUUUAUUACUAGUGUGAAUUAAAGAUUCUUAAAUGUU